ACUCGCUCACAUGGACUCCUCUUCUCGACCUCCACCACCAUCGCUAUGAGCUCCUCCUCCUCCUCCUCCUCCGGCGGAGAAUCGAUUUCCGGGAAGAAACCUAGAUCCAGUUCAACACAUCAGGCCCAGUCCAAGUGGCGGACCGGCGCGCAGGAGCGGAUCUACAACCGGCGCCUCAUCGAAGCCCUCCGCGCCGUGCGCGGUGCUCGGGCCGUGAAGGACGCCGCUGACUCCGCCCUAGCCCUAACCGCUCGUGGCCAAUCGCGAUGGAGCCGGGCGAUCCUCGCGGGCCGGCUCCGCCGGCGCAAGCUGCUUGUCAAGGCUGGCGGCAAGAUCCGGCGCCAUCGGCGCCCUAAACCGCCGGUUAAGCCUCCGGAAUCGGCUUCGAUGAAGGUGGGAAAGGUCGGGGAGAGGCUUAGGGUUCUGGGACGGCUGGUCCCCGGAUGCCGGAAGCUCUCGACGCCGACCUUGUUGGAAGAGACGGCGGAUUACGUGGCGGCGCUGGAGUUGCAGGUCAAGGCUAUGCGCGCCCUCGCCGAUGCGCUCUCUGCGGCUGCCGUGACGACGGCGGCGGCGGCGGCGCCAGAUGGCUGAGCUUCGUCAUCCAUGCCGAUGCUUGCACCGGGAGGGAUUCAAAGAGGCAGAAAAAAACAAAAGUGGAGCACGCAGGCAUCGCUGGGGCUGGUGAGAAGUCGGCAUCAAAUCCGACGGCUUUCGGAGCAACAACUACACACGUGUGAUGUUUUUAGCUACAGAAGAGAUCGUUUUCAUGGGCACGUGAAGGAGUGGAGGAAAAGGGGGGACGCUAUGGCCUUGUCACACGUGUGUGCCGUGGUCGUAGAGUUCUACUUAGAUUGGCCCAACCAACAACAACCCAUGUGAACUUUGGUGGCUGCGCCCACCGACUCCAUUACCACCUCCUCCUCCUCCCAAUAAUUUUAGCUUUCUUUUUUUAAUAUAAGUUUUAUUUAUUAAACCA